CGAAUACGAGUAGCCGAGGAGAGGAUAAGCAAAAAGCUCCAAUGGAAGCGCAGCUGCUCCUGCAAUCUCUGGCCCCCGUCCCGAUCUUCCCCAAGUCGAGCCGCUGCCCCUCGCCCCCACGCCGCCGAGCUCCGCUCAAUCCCGCCGCCUUCGUGCGGCGGGCGCCCCGGACCUCGGUCCCGAGAUGCGGCGCCCCCGAGAGCGAACCGGGCGGCGACCUGAAGGGCGCGCUGUCGGGCAUGGUGGGCGAGCGGGUGGAGGAGCUCCUGCGCAGGGAGGAGAACAGGGGGUUGCUGGACGGGCUGGAGCGAGCUUCGCGGAGGGUGGACAGGGCCAGGCGGGAGCUCGCGGAGAUCGAGAGGCAGGAAGCCGAGGCUCGGCGGACGAGGAAUUACGUCGAGCAGCUGGAGGGCAGAGCUGCCGAGAUUGCAGAAUCCCAGAGGGAACUAUCGGAAGCAAGGGCCUUGGUCGAAGAAGCCGAGCGCUCGCUCUCCCAAACCGCAAAAGCUCAGGAUGAAGACCAAGAUGGCACGCAAAUUAAUCGAGAAGAAGAGAGAUGGGAGUCUGUUAAAGCAGCUUCUGUGUCUGCACUGGUAGGUACCCUCGCGGGUCUACCGCUUUCGCUCACUCAGGUCGCCGCGGUCUCCCAGCUGGUACUCCCUUUGGGGAUUGACUUCAUCAGCUGCGCGCUGUUCGGAAUCACCUUCCGCUACGCAGUCAGAAGAGACUUGGACAACAUCCAGCUCAAGACAGGAACGUCCGCGGCUUUCGGAUUCGUUAGAGGUCUUGCUUACCUGGGCGCAGGCCCGCCUCUGGAGCUGAAUUUGGAAAGUUUCCUGUCGCACGCCUUUUCAGGCGCGGUGUACAUAGCCGAAGGUCUGCUUAUAUUUGUUUUCGCAGCAGUCGGUCUAGAUUUCUGCUUCAAGAUGCGGGUUAUGAGUCCUUUUCCCAUAGAAAGGCCAGAAUCAAGAACAGGUUCAGGUUAGACGCGAUGUACAUAUGCUUAUAUUCAGCUGAUAAUACAACAUUAUUCAA